AAGAGUCGAGGGUGUGGGGCUCGCUCGAGCGGCAGUCCCUCGAGAGCUCCGAACGCGGAAGCUGCGCGGCCUGCAGCAGACUUCAUCUCUGCGCUCGUCGGUCUUGUUGUUGUCGUCGUCGGCUUUGCUUCCCCCUCCAGCUCCCUCCCGGUCCUCGCGCUCAUUUGCAUUCGGUGGACACAGCUGUGCUCGUAGGGAGAGCUCCUUGUUUGCUCGUGUGCUUCAAUUGUCAGUGCUACGUACUCGCGAUUCAGUGCCGCUGCUGCUGGGGACUGUGGAGUUGUAUUAUUGUACAUACCAUUGUGAACGGAGGGACGAGAGCCGCUGCCGCUGCGGGAAUGAUGACCUAGUGAUGAGGAGAAAAAGUUGAGCGCAGAACAGCAUAUCAGAGGACGAUGUGCGUGAGCAUCGUCGGCUACUCAGUUCCCGUCACGAGAUGCAGUUUCGGCUGGUGAUCGAGCAGCCGCUGCCGCGCCGCCGGUGCAGUAGUCGAACGAGUCCGAGUCGAGCACCAGUGCAAGAAAAUGCCGCGACCCUCGCGCGACACUUACGGCGAUCAAAAGCCGCCGUACUCCUACAUAUCCCUCACGGCUAUGGCCAUAUGGUCGUCGAGGGACAAAAUGCUCCCGCUUGCCGAGAUCUACAAGUUCAUCGCUGAUCGCUUUCCCUACUACAGGAAGGACACCAGGCGCUGGCAGAACUCGCUCAGGCACAAUCUCUCCUUCAACGACUGCUUUAUAAAGGUUCCACGGGGUCCGCACCGGCCGGGCAAAGGCGCCUACUGGGCCCUCCACCCAGCCGCCCUCUCGAUGUUCGAGAACGGCAGCCUGCUGCGUCGUCGCAAGCGCUUCAAGCUGCACAAGCCCGACAAGGACCUGCUGAAGACCGAGCUCCAGGCCCUGGCCUCGGCGAUGCCCCCGCCUCGGGCCGACCUCGGCGCCCCGGGCUCCCUCGGGCCCGAGCACGCCGUCUCGCUGCCCCCGAGCAGCAGCGGCGGCGGAGGAGGAGGCGGCGGCGGCGGCGGCGGAGGCCUCAGCCCGGCCAACCUGCUGCGGCUGCGCGAGGACGUGAUGCGCUGGGAGAUGCAGGAGAGGCGGAUGAUGCUCGCGGCGGCGGCGGCCGCGAGCCAGGCCUUCCCCGGGGCUCCGGACUGCACGGCCGCGACGGCGGCUGCGGCGGCAGCCCCGAGCUCGGUCGGCAGCGCCCUCGGCUGCCCGAGCUACUACCUGCUCAGCCCCGAGGCCCGGCAGCGCCUCGUCGAGGGCCAGGCCGCCGGGGAGUCGUUCGAGACGGCGGCCCUGCUGCAGAGCGCCGCCUCCUGGGGCUUCUCCGCCGCGGGCUUCGGCGGCAACUACCUCGGCGGCGCGGCGGCCUACCCCACGGACGUGCGGCUGCACGAGAGCGAGGCGGCCGUGGCGGCGCUGAACUUCCGCGAGGCCAGCUCGUACUACGCCCGCGAGAGACUGAGCGCCGAGAGGCUGGAGGACGAGUCCUCGGGGACGGCCACGGGCCUCGGCUACCCGAGCGGCCUCUGCCUGGAAGCGCCUCCGCCGCCGCCGCCGCCGCCGCCGACGACGACCUCCUCGAGCGCCGGGCUGAGCAGGCCCAUCGGCAAGAAGGCCAAGAAGCCCUUCACCAUCGAGAACAUCAUCGCGCCGGACGAGCACCAGCAGCAGCAGCAGGAGGAGCAGCUGUCCGGCAAGAGGCUGAUCGAGCCCGAGGAGAAGAAGAUCGUGCUGUCGAUGCCGCGGCCCAUCUACGCGGCGGGCUUCGCGAUGCAGCCGAGCCUGGGCGACAGCGCCCACCAGCGGCCCAGCUACGGCGCGGCCACCUGAGCUCGUUUCUCCUGAUUCUCUGUUCUCCGAUUCUUAUGAUGGCUCGCGCUUCAGCGUGUCCGCGAUUCAUUUGCGAACUCUAGGACGCUCUGUGUGAAACGAUCUUUCUUUGUAGAUAGUUUUUAGUUGUGAUUUUACGCGAGAGUGAGUGGCUGAGUGCUACGGUGCGAGAUAGUAUGCAAAAGGUUUGCUGUGAUGAACGUCGACUCGAACAGGGACGCGAAAAUAAUUCAUCAGCGAAAUCACGAUAUACCUGUGCUCUUCGCGUCCUCGUCUUUUUCCAAUAUAUACAAAUUGCGCAGAAAAGUGAUCUCGUUAUAUUACAAGAAAAAAAACAAAAAAACACAAACGAUAUAUAAUGCAAUGUGACGCGAGGUAAUCGGCGCGUGCGACGACGCACAGAUCAACGUUAUAUAUAAAUAGUAUAUAGACUUAGCUGACCAACGUGAAUUAUAGUGAUGUUGCCCCCUCCUUUAUAUCAUGAUAUCCCUCGAGAAAGAGGCGUAUAGCCGCACGCGCGACGCGACGGAAAGAAGAAAGAGAGAUGACACGUACAUAUAUAGGUACAUCCUCUCCUAUUCGUACAAAAAGCACACACGAUAUGCACAUGGCGCUCGACGCAAAGUCGUCGCAGUUUACUCCUGAUGGAAUAGAGAAAAGAGAUAGAGUGAGUGAGUGAGUGGAGGUGAAUCGUAUGUCCGCGUACUACUGUGCGCUCUGUGCUAUGCUCUGCUCUCGCGCUCAACGAAACGUAUAAGUAUUUGUAAAUGUAGAGGAAACAAAAAACGAUAUAAAUUAUUGUACAUAUUAUUUAGAGGAGUAUCGACAGCGAGAAUAAAUAACGAUGAUAAAUCGAA